ACAGAGCACGCCCAAGGAAAUAGAAAUCCCACCUGAAACCUGUACUGCGAGAUAUUGUAAGAUCGGCGAUGAUGUUACGAGGGUUUGCUUCAUUAAUACUGAUAAUAACCAACCUAACAAUACUUACUAACGCUGUAAGUAUUCGGCCAAUUAACAACACGCAAAUUGUAAAAGAGAUCAUAGGAAAGAACUUUGUAUACCAUAAGGAGAUCAAAAUAACCAUAGCGUUUAAGAUAACCGAAUUAACUCAAAAUGCGCAACAGAUACACUCAUUAGCUUUAGCGGUACAUAACUAUUGUCAGGAUUAUAAUUGCGACUUAUUCGGCUACGAUAUUAUACAAAAUAAAUUAUCACGCUUGGAUCAAUCAAUAAUAAAACUGGAUACCAUACUGCAUAAGAGAAACCGACGAGGAAUAUUGAAUAUCAUCGGAUCCGCAUCCAAAGCAUUAUUUGGUACGUUAGAUGAAGACGAUCUAACUCUUGUAAACCAAAACAUUGACAAAUUAUUUAGCGAUCAAAAUCAAUUAACCAAGAUAGUUCAGAAUCAGACGAUAAUGUUUAAAGCUUUACUGACUGACAACAAUUUCCACAGUUUAACUAAUAAACUGCAGAAGAACUCAAAGGAAUUACACGAACUACAAAAUGACUUAUUGUUAGAACAAAAUAUUAUUAUUUUAGAAGCACUUUUAACAGAUCUGACCAGUAGAAUUAACGACUUUUAUUUAACUCUUAUACUAGGGAAGCGGGGAAUAAUUGAUACAACUUUAAUACAAACUGCACACUUUCUAGAAGCUUAUGAUACGAUAUUGCGAGAUAACUUCAUGAUGCAUUAUAUACCAGCAAAACCAAAAAACUUUCAGACAUUGAUAGACAUUAGUAGAUUAAAGACACAAACAGUAGACAACGCGCUCAUAUACCAAAUUAUUGUACCUAUAUUGGAAGAAUCCGAGUGGAGCAUUAUAAAAUAUUACGCCAUUCCCCACAAAAUAAAAAACGUGUUCUUCUCACCGAUAUUAGAUCAUGACAUGAUAAUGCAACAACAAAUCUCUCAAAUUAUAAUUGACGAAGCUUAUUUGAAGAAAUAUUGUAGAGACAGCCCUAUAGGAUUAAUAUGCGAAAGAACACAACCUACACGACACGAUUAUUACAUGGGUUGCCAGAACUCAAAAGACUAUAAACAAUGCGGAACAGCAAUAUUUAGAAUAGACGACAUAACAUUUAUCCCCAUGCAUACACCAAAUAAAUAUAUAGCAAUACCCAAAGAACCGAUAGAAAUUCAAGCAUUAUGUACUAAAAUGGAGCAUAUUACACUUAAUACACCAGCCAUACUAACCAGCGAAGACGAAUGUAUUCUCAUGUACAACAAUAAUAUAAUGAAAAUUGGAGGUACAACGCAGAACACUCAAAUGAUAAUUUCUAACUAUGCAAUACACAUAAACUUUACUGAAUCAGAUAUACAAAUGCUACAAGAAUAUAUUCCACAAGCUCCAAGAGUAACUCCAAAUUUCAAUAGCUACCGACAGACUUUAGAUAGUAUGAAUUCACAGUUAAACGAUAUAAAAACACAGCGACGUAUAUUAACUACAGCAGAAAUAGCAUACAAUAUUUUCAAAAUCGCAGGUUGGAUAUCGUUAGGACUUAUAAUUUCUUAUGCAUUUUAUAAAACAGGAUUAUUCACUUUAUUGUCAAAACUUAUACCAAAAACAUUUUGUCUUAAGAUUUGUUGUAACGAAGUCAAUGUAAAUAACCGUGGAGGCGCGCAAAACACGCAUUCAACCCCAAUAGCUACAGCACCAUCAACAUCUACGAACGAAAACCCACUGAUGUAUCCUCUGGAUGAGCUCCCACGAAUUCCAUCACGACCAAAGAAAAUCGUACGUUUUGGAGGACCAAAACGAAUCUAGGAAAGGGGGUGUGAUACCACCCGCAUUCGUCAGUACAAACAACCGCGUCAGCACUCCUCGCCAAAAACAUUUGAAUCACCAUCCAUAUCUUCACCACGCAGCAAUAACAUCUGAGUCACCAUCCACAUCACCACCUAGUAGCAACAACAGCUGAGUCAGACAUCAGGCCCAAAACCAAGCACCCCUACUCUACGGCCAUACCGACCUUUAUAAACCCUUCGCCAAAAUAAAGCACAGACCAGUAUUUCACAAGUCGAGACUCGCGUAACGUUACUCUGUCCGUCCCUUAUCAUCAGCUACGGCAUAAGUCGCGACAGAAGGCAACAGUGUACGCACGUUACCUUAAAGUUUCGCGAGUUCGUGUUUUUUUUCAAGUGACGCGUAAAGUCCCGUCACACUGGAGUCGCUUCUGGAGGGGUUGCAGCGGAAUAUCGCCACGCAGUUCCAGGAGCAACAGCGAAUGUUCGUGGAGGAACGCGAGCGAGCUGAGGAGCGGAGGAUGAUGGAGAAAGCUGCCGCUUCGGCCAGGGAUGCCGCGGGCGAGGAGAGGAUU